AUGCAUCUAAAACCUUUUCAAACAUUGAUACGGCGUAAUGUACAGCAAGCCAGCUCGUUAAAUCGCCACCUUAUAGUUAUAUCAAACAGAGGAUUUCACGAGUCAGCUGCAGCAAAGAGAGCCACGCCGACUCAUGAUAGUGUGCCUAUGCGUUUACUGUUGUUAGGGAGUCCGGGCUCUGGCAAAGGAACUCAAUCCGCUCGUAUACAAAAAAAUUUUAAUAUGGGUGCUGCAAUAUCGAGUGGUGACAUUCUUCGUCAAAAUGUAGCUCGAGGGACAAAGAUCGGGAAAAUUGCUGCGGAACAAAUGGAGCGUGGAGCAUUUGUUUCUGACGAUAUAAUGAUUGAACUUAUCAAAAAUGAACUCAAUGGUCUUGAGCAACAGAAUUGGCUUUUGGAUGGUUUCCCAAGAACAAAUAAGCAAGCUAUGGCAUUGGAUGAAAAUUUGUUUUUAACUGGACAACCAUUAAAUUUAGUCAUAAAUCUUCAUGUGCCCGAGGACGUUAUUUUAAAAAGAAUUAUGGAUCGUUGGGUGCACGUGCCUUCUGGACGUGUUUAUAAUCUCAGUUAUAAUCCUCCUAAGCGAGCUGGUUAUGAUGAUAUAACAGGUGAAAAAUUGACGAAAAGACCAGAUGACAAUCCUGAAACCUUCAAAAUCCGCCUCCAAAAACAUCACACCCUAGUUGAACCUUUACUAAAUUACUACUCAAAACACGGAAUAUUAGUCACGUGUGCCGGUCGGACAAGUGACGAGAUUUAUCCUCAAAUUGAAUCGGAACUAAUUCGCCGCUUCGGACUAAGCAACCUUAUUAGAUCCGUAACUAUUAAUAAUCAAGAUGAUACAAAGGAUACAAUCUCAAGCGACGAGUUCAUCUCUUAA